ACAAUCCAGUUCUACCUGAUAUUACACUAUAUGAUGCAAUUAACUUUGCGGCUCAAACAUGGAAAAAUGUUACUGCAGGUACAAUUAUUCGUAGUUGGGAUAGAGCUAGUAUACUUUUUUCUAUUAUCUUUAUGCCUGAAGAAACCAGAUUAGAUGUGCUCUUGUCUAAAAAAACUGAAUUAAAUGUGUUUAUGCUUGGAGAAACUGAAUUGGAGGAAGAAAUUAUAGAUCUUAUUCAACAUUUACCAAUUGAUAAUCCUAUAGAUGCAUAUGAAUAUAUCAAUAUUGACAAUUAUAUAAAUAUCAAAGAAGACUUAUCUAUAGAUAAUAUUAUUGAUAUAAUAAAUAGACAAAAUGAGAGUGAAUCAGAAAAAGAACAAAAUGAAGAAAUGAUUAAAAUUGGUGAUGCAAUUGUUGGACUUAAUAAGGUAAUAAAAUAUAUUCAGCAAAAUGAUCUAGAAAUUACUUUGUCUUUAAUGAAAGACUUAUAUAGCCUUAAAAAGUAUAUUAACUAUUUGCAUAAUGAAAGUAGAAGACAAACUACAUUAAAAGAAUUUAUUAAUCUUAUGGUUUAA